AAAUGGAGAGUGAGACCAUUUUAAGCCUUAAAAACCAACUCAAGGAAGCAGAGAAUGAACGAAGAAAGGCAGCACAAUAUGGCUUGGAUUUAUUGGAGUCCCAAAGUGAAGUUCAAAAUCAGUUGGAUGAAACACGUCGUGAAUUGACUGAAAAAACAGAGAAAUUUGAACAAGAGAAAUAUACUCUCCAGAGAGAAAUUGAACUCAAGAAUCGAAUGUUGGAAAGCUUGAGUUUUGAAUGUGAUUCCCUUAAGCAACAGCAAAACAUGCAACUGGAUAAGCAGAAAGAGCAGCUUGCCAGGGUCUAUGGACAAGAAAUCAGCGACCUUAAAAACAAGCUGGAGAACCUGAAAGCAGAACUAGAUGAAACCCGACUGUCUGAGAAACAACUGAGGCACAAAGUAGAGCAUCAGAAGGAAAUAAUUGCCGCCAAGUCAGAAGAAUUGCAUAUCAUGUCUGAGCGUGUACAUGAGACCAUGUCUUCAGAAAUGCUCAGUCUUCAGCUAGAACUCACUGAACUAGAAAGUGUGAAGGCCAGUGUUGAAGAAAAACUGAAUGAACUAGAGUACAGUAAAGAGCAACUAGAACUCAUAAACAGUAACCUACGUAACCAGCUAGAGCGUCUACAGGGAGAAAAAGAAGAAAGGGAAAAAGAAGUUGUUUCUUACUGCAAUGCGUUAGAGAAAGCUCGUGAAGCUAAUCAGGAGCUUCAGGUUCAGCUGGAUCAUGCAGUGCAGCAGUCUUUGGACCCUACAAGGAAAGGCAACUCUCUCUUUGCUGAGGUGGAGGACCGUAGGGCAGAAAUGGAGCGGCAGCUGAUCAGUGUGAAAGUAAAAUAUCAGUCCCUACAAAAGCAGUAUGCAUUCGCUAGAGAACAGUUGCAAAGAAUGAAGCUGCAGAUGGCUACACUGCUCCAGCUGAAAGGCUCUCAAGCAGAUUUUGAUCAGCUGGAACGCUUGCAGUCGAUGUUAGAACAGAAAAAUGGUGAGAUACAAGAUCUGCUUCUGAAAGUGAGGCAGCUAGAGAAAUUUAAGACUUUGUAUGAGAAUAUGGAAGAAUCCAAAGCUAGUUGUAGUGCAAAAGGAGGGGAGUCUGAAGAUGGUUACUAUGUGGAUUUACUGCAAAUGAAACUUGACAACUCAAACAAGGAAACAGAAACCUUGAAAAAUGAACUGUCUUUGCAGAGGAUGAAGGCCCUGCAUGAGAGCCAAAGGGUUCUAGAAGUUGAAAGGAAACUCUUUGCAAAUGAGAGGCAUCUGCAAACUUGCCAAAGUGAAAAUAUGAACUUGCGAGUUAGGCUGGAUGAGCUAAAAAUGAAGUAUGAACCUGAAGAAUUAUUUAAAGGUGCUAAAAUUAAAAAGAGGAGGGAGAAGACUCCAGUGGACAAUACUUGUGAAUACUUGGACAGCAAAAAUACUUCAGUAAAAGAAGCUGCUCUUACUCAGUUGCCAAGUAAGGAAGAAAUCAAGAUGACUUCCGUGAACUUGGAGCAAAGUGGUGCUUCUCAAAAGAAACAUGAUUCUGAAGCAGCGCCGGUGAAUAUGGCUGUUCAAGUAAUACAGAAAUUAGUUGAACCUGAAAGAGAAAAAAAGAGAGUUAAAAUUGAAGAUAAGAAUCAUGAAGCCUUUACUUCAUGUAGCAGAAGUGGAAGCAAUUCUUUGACUUCAGCUGCCCCCAGGUUAACAGCUGAAUCCAGCUUUGAAACUACGGAAAAAGAAGAGAAAGAAAAUAAAAUCAAAACAGAGAAGAAAAUGCAAAAGAAAAAGUACACAACAUUGUAUGUAUCUUCUAAGGCAACUUCUGAAACACAGUGUGCUCAGCAAUAACAGUUCUGGAAGGCACCUCAAGAAUUUGGAGUCCUGCUUCAGCAGGAAAUACUGAAUAAACUGAUGUCACACAUGAAUGUACAGAUUUGAAACUUCACUAUUGAUCUGCCCUGCUCUGUGAAGAGUAUGGAGGCAUUAAUAAGAGAUUGCACUUUUGAUACCUUAGGGCAUCCCAGAGGGCAGAUCCCUGGCACCUGAAGUGGUACCUUGUCUUGAAUCUUGGCUAAAUUUCUAAACAUUGUAGUAGUUAUUUCUUAUUUGAAGCAGUGUUAUUCUGAAAGAUAAGCUCUUGCUACAGGUCUCCUCACUUAAGACGGGUCAGCUCUGAGCAAGAGACUAGACAGCUUUGAUACAGAAGUCAGCUAAGCCAAAUGCUCCCAAAAUUCUUCCCUCCUGGAUUCAGAAUUCGUAAUGGUUUGUUUUUCCCCCUUAUAUGUAAUUGUUCGACUUUCAGACUGACCUGAUUGCAAAGGUGCAUGUUAAUCUCUAUGUAUUUUUGUGGGACAGUAUUCUUUUGAAACUGUAAGUUCUUUUAUCUGUACCAGUAUUUAAA